AUGGCAUGGAAUUGCAGGGGAUUAGCCCGACCCAAAGCAAUCAGAAACUUAAGGGCUAAUAUUAGGAAAUAUAACCCGGAUGUAAUCUUUUUGUCGGAAACCUUGGUGUCGGAUGAACGCACCAUUUCUAUUGUAAAUAGUUUAGGUUUCCAUCUUUUUGUUCACUAUCCAGCAGUUGGUAAAAAAGGAGGACUGCUUCUUUUGUGGAGACCGGGUGUAGAAAUAGAACCUGUAAAUAUAAAUAUUAAUGCAAUUUCUGUUUUAGUUUAUUCUGAUCCUACACAUCAACCUUGGAUGAUUACUUAUGUGUAUGCGCCGGCCCAAUGGAAUAACAAAGCUGGCUUUUGGAGACAUUUGGACUCAUUAUAUCAGGCUUUUCCAGGGCCUUGGAUUUGCUUGGGAGAUUUUAAUGAUCUCAUUGAUCAAAAUGAAAAAUCUGGAGGAAAACCUAUCUAUUAUAAUCCUAACAAGGGUCUUAAAGCUCUUAUGGAUAGGAAUGGCCUUAUAGACAUUGGUUAUAUGGGACCAAAAUUUACAUGGACAAAUAAUAGACAGGGUCAAGCGCUCAUACGAGAAAGAUUAGAUCGAGCUAUUGCAAACCAAGAGUGGAGAUUACUAUUUUCAGAUGCUACAUUACAACAUCUUGCAUCAUCGGCAUCAGAUCAUCACCCAAUCUUGUUAUACACCACAGCAAAUAUUCGUCAAGCUCCUUCUUUCAAAUUUGAAGAAUUCUGGACUCGAGAACCUUUAAGCCAUCAAAUUAUCAGUGAAGCAUGGAGUAAACAUCAUUUCGGCAAUCCAUCUUAUAUUCUAUGUAAGAAAAUCAAGUCAACUAAGGAAGCUCUUAAAGUCUGGAAUAAAGAACACUUCGGGAGAAUCAACCACAAUAUACAUCAACUCGAAAGUGAACUUCUCGAAGUACAGGAAGCCAAUAUGACUCCAUCAAAUCAAGAAAAAGAAAGAUUUUUGCAACAUAGAAUUCACAAGCAAAGAGAAUAUGAAGAAAUCUUAUGGAAGCAAAAGUCUAGACUUACAUGGCUUACAUUGACGGAUCUAAAUACCAAAUUUUAUCAUCUAACAACCACCAUCCGGCGAAGAAGGAAUGCUAUCGAGUCAAUCAAGCUGGCGCCAGGUAUUUGGUCAAUGGACUCUACUGUUAUAGAGACUUCUUUUAUUAAUCAUUUUAAAUCUAUAUAUACCUCUUCAAAUCCAAAUGUUCCGGAACAAUUGGAUAAUCUCUUUGAAAAGCAAGUUUCGGAUAUAGAGAAUGAAUCUCUAAAUGCAAUACCAGUUGAAGAGGAAAUAUUAGAGGCUCUAAAACAAAUUCCCAGCAACAAAGCUCCAGGACCAGAUGGAAUGACAGCUUUAUUUUAUAAGCACUAUUGGAGUAUUGUGAAACAAGAUGUCAUACUGGCAGUUCAGAAUUUCUUUAUCAGUGGGAAGCUCUUAAAGCAGAUCAAUCAUACCAACAUUGCUCUCAUCCCAAAGACAAACUGUCCAAAUCAUCCAAGCCAAUAUCGCCCAAUAAGCCUCACAAAUGUCAGCUACAAGAUCAUAACCAAAAUCAUGGCCAAUCGUCUCAAAAUCCUUCUCCCAAAAAUCAUCUCUCCACUUCAAACAGCCUUCGUUCCAGCUUUUAAAAAUUUUUGGUGGGGUUUCUCGAAAGACAAAACGCAUAAUUUGACACUGAAGUCCUGGAAAUCUAUUUGUCAACCGAAGAAUACAGGUGGUCUUGGAAUCAGAUUAAUGGAAAAGAUGAAUCAAGCUAUGCUAGCCAAAACAGGAUGGGAACUAAGCGAACCGAUAAAUAGUUUGUGGAAGUCAAUGCUAACUGCCAAAUAUCUGAAGAACAAUACAUUUUGGGAAGCUUCGCAGAAAGCAACAGAUUCAUCCAUGUGGAAGGGAAUACUCAAAUCUCAAGAACUACUUAUUAAAGGCCGAUGUUUCCAAGUUUAUAAUGGAGAAUCAGUAAAUAUUUGGUUGGAUCCAUGGAUUCCCACACUAAUCAAUUUCAAACCAAAACCACUUCAAGGUAUGGAACUUGAAUUCCCAAAUCUUACAGUUUCAGAUCUCAUUAUAAAUAACUCUAGGAUUUGGGAUGUCCCAAAAAUGCAAUAUCUUUUUGAUCAUCAAAGCAUCUUAGAAAUUCAAAAAAUUCCAUUACCAUUACGAGCAUAUGAACAGGACAAAGUGGUAUGGGUGUUAAAUCAUAAUGGGAAAUAUUCAGUCAAAACAGCAUAUCAAGCUACAAUACAAGAUCAAGUUCCACACCAACAACAUUCUUCAAUGACACUUUUCAAGCCUAUGUGGAGUCUUAAAAUCCAUGAUCGUCAUAAGUUAUUGCUUUGGAAACUUCUGUGGAAUAUUCUUCCUACCAGAACAAGAAUUGGUGAAGUCAUAACAAACCAAGAAACUGAAGAAUGUGUAUUUUGUAGCUAUGAGAAAGAAACACUAGUGCAUCUUUUUGUUGAAUGUCCAUUCAAUAGAAUUCUAUGGCAACAAAGCAGCUGGCCUCUAAAUUUUGCAAAUUUGCCUAUAGACUCUAUCUCAGACUGGAUCAAAAUGAUUAUCUAUCCGGACAGAGAAUUGAGACUCAAAAACGAGGAGCGACAUCAUUUCCAGCUAUUUGCAGUUAUAAUGUUAGAUUUCAUUUGGAGAAAAAGAAAUGAUGUCAUUCAUAAUCACUCUUCUCUAUCAAUUGAAGAAGCAAGCUUUCAGAUCAAGAGCACCUAUGAAGACUAUAAAGAUGCGUGGAAGAAAAAAGUUGAUCAACAAAGUAAAGAAGAAAAUUGGCAUCCUCCUCCUCUAAACUAUCAAAGCUACUCUUUCGAUGCAGCAGUACGAGAGCAAUUUUCAGUAGUCUCAGCAAUUAAAAGAAACCACAGUGGAGAUAUACUGGGAAUAUUAACAGAAAAGGUACAAACUACAAUCCCUUUAAUUGCAGAAGCAAAAGCAGCCCUGCUAGCUGCUAAUAUGGCAUCAAAUCAAGAUUUAGCAAUCAUUGAAGGGGAUUCUCAAUCAAUAAUCUCUUCCAUUGAAAGUCCAGACAUCUCCACAUUUUGGAACAUAUCAACUAUUAUCAAGGACAUCCAGCACUUAUCAAAUCUUCAUCAAAACUGGAAAUUUGCCAAGAUUCAUCGAUCUCAAAAUCGAUGUGCGCACUCUGUUGCGCAGUGGGCAGCUACCAAUCUUGUUUUUGGUAGCAUACCUAUAGAUAAUAUUCCUAGUUGGUUUUUGUAUAUUGAUAGUGAAAAGGACCCUCCUCAAACUCUGUAA